AUGACUCAGAGGUUGCAAACACUUCAAGACUGGAGCAACAAGCAUGUCUUCACCGCAUCGCUUGACUAUUGGAAUCAAGAUCCGCCAGAAACAGAGUCAUUCGGUUUGCGACCGAAGCGGCCACCUCCGCCUAGUAAAUAUGGUACUGUGGAGGAAGGUCCUGAAGAUGAAGCUGAAUCGCCUGCCGAAGUGGACACUAUCGUUGAGGACCCACAUGCAGGAGGUGAACCAAUCACAGCACUACAAGCCGCCUGGAACGUUACCAACGCUAUACAAGGAAUGUUCAUAGUGGGACUGCCCAUAGCUGUGAAGGUUGGUGGAUGGUGGUCAGUCUUUGCAAUGAUGGGUGUGGCUUACAUAUGCUACUGGACCGGAGUGCUACUGAUUGAAUGCCUCUACGAGAAUGACAAGAAGAUUCGGUUCAGCUAUCGAGAAGUAGCCGAGUUCUAUCGAGCCGGUUUCGGUAAGUGGGUAUUGGCCGCUCAGCUCACUGAGCUACUUUCCACAUGCAUCAUCUAUUUGGUAUUGGCCGCAGAUCUGCUUCAGAGCUGUUUCCCAAGCAUCGACAAGCCAGCAUGGAUGAUGCUGGUUUCUGCCAUUCUGCUAGCAUGUGCUUUUCUCGAUUCACUCGUCGUCGUCUCACAGCUGUCGUUUGCUAACGCUAUCUCUCAUUUGGUCGUGAACGCUAUCAUGAUGAUUUACUGUUUGGCCAAGGUUCGCUCAUGGUCGAUCUCUUCGGUGACAUUCGCUCUUGACAUCAACACCUUACCAACCAUGAUUGGAGUGGUCGUGUUCGGCUACACAUCGCAUAUUUUCCUUCCAAGUCUUGAAGGAAACAUGAAGGCAAGAAAUUUAGAACCGAAAGAGUUCAAAUGGAUGCUGAAGUGGUCACAUGUGGCUGCCGCACUGUUCAAGGCGAUCUUUGGACUUUGUGGUUUUCUUACAUUUGGCGAACUAACACAGCCAGAAAUCUCCAAUUCACUGCCAAACCAAGGUUUCAAAGUCGUCGUUAAUCUGGUGCUCGUCAUCAAAGCUCUACUCUCAUAUCCGUUGCCAUUCUAUGCUGCUGUACAACUGCUGAAGGAUAAUUUAUUCCGUGGAACUAAAACAACGCCAUUUACAGGAUGCUACAGUCCCGAUGGAUCACUACGUGAGUGGGCGCUUUUCUUACGAAUUCUCUUGCUCUUAUUCACACUCUUCAUCGCACUGUCGGUACCGUACCUUAUAGAGUUGAUGGGGCUCAUCGGUAAUAUUACUGGCACUAUGCUCUCGUUUAUCUGGCCAGCACUUUUCCAUUUACGUAUACGCGGAGAAAAGAUGGUCAACAGAGAUCGUCGGUUCGACCAAAUGAUUAUCGGAUUGGGCUGUUCCAUCUGUAUAUCCGGUGUAUACUUCUCUUUCAUGGAACUUUUACGAGCCAUUCGUGCCAAUGACCAAUAA